UGUUUAGAUCUCCAUGCGGAUGUGACAUUUCGGAGAAGAGCGCGACCGCCAUUUUGAGAAUUUACCUCCACACACCACGAGCCGCACGGGAGGAGCGCGGGGUUCGAGAGCCAGCCACGCCGCUCGGGCCAAACGUCGUGUGACCGGGCACGUUCCUCACGACCAACGGGGAGGUUAAGCGAGAAACGCGACGAGGCGCCCGCGUUUUGUCGUGCAUUGCGUUUAGGGGCGGGUUUUUGUGUGCGUGUGGUGUGUGUGUGUGUGAGGGAGGAGGGUUCGUGUAGCGCGUUGCAACUCUCGUCUCCGCCAACUUCCGAAUCAACAUUAGCGCUGCUCCGCGUUGGGAAACGGGUUUGAAUGGAUAGCUUCUCCCUCCGCACUUCCCCAGACGAGGGACAAUCGGAGGAGCACACGGACUGGGGAUAUCGCAGACAAAGUUGUUGAAUGUGUGUCUAUAGCGAAUGAACAAUUGUUUUCAUUGUUGUAUCGGCAUCACCAGUUGGCUACCUAGUGUCAGGUAGCGUCACGCUAACUGCAGACGGGGUAACGUUGUUUGUUCCUCGAGGGGCACGUCGGGUCGUUGCGUUGUCUCGCUGCCCCGCGUUUCCCGGGGUAAAAGCCGGAUUGAUUAGCUAAUUUUAAGUGGGCCUCCCUGUUCUGAGCCCCCCCCCCCCCCCUCCCUCCAGCACCCUCCCCCCCCCCGCACCCCGGUCCAUCCAUCCCACCGUCGAACCAGCGACUCGCACCCACCAAAGGCGCCGAGAUUGGGCGAAUAGCGAGCAAAUACGUCCGCGUUUCUCUACCCGCUCCCCCGCCGACCUCCCCUCCUCACUCCCCGGCGCUGACAGCGGACAAGGCCGAGGUCGCGACAGAGCAGGCCCGGCCGCCGAGCCUCGACCUGCCCCCCCCACCUCCGCAUCCCACCGCGCCUCGCCAGCAGUCCGGAACCCGGUUCCCCGCCGAGCCGAACCUGGACAAGGCCGAGGGUAACAGAGAGAGCGCGGAGCACCGCACCACCACCACCACAACAACAGCAGCAGCAGCAGCGGCUGCCAACAUGAACCACCACCACCACCACACGCAGCAACAGAAAGCCGGCGAGCAGCAGCUCAGCGAACCGGAGGACAUGGAGAUGGAAGCUGGGGACACAGACGACCCUCCAAGAAUCCCGGCCAACCCAGUGAUCAAUGGUAACGUGGCAGUGGCAGAUGGACACCACAACACAGAGGAGGACAUGGAGGAUGACACCAGUUGGCGGUCAGAGGCGACUUUCCGCUUCGUAGUGGAGCGCUUCAGCCGCCUGAGUGAGUCUGUGCUCAGCCCGUCCUGCUUCGUCCGCAACCUGCCAUGGAAGAUAAUGGUGAUGCCGCGCUUCUAUCCCGACCGGCCACACCAAAAGAGCGUGGGCUUCUUCCUGCAGUGCAACGCAGAGUCAGACUCCACGUCAUGGUCGUGCCACGCGCAGGCUAUGCUCAAGAUCAUCAACUACAAAGACGACGAGAAGUCCUUCAGCCGCAGGAUUAGUCAUCUUUUUUUUCAUAAAGAGAAUGAUUGGGGAUUCUCCAACUUCAUGUCCUGGAGUGAUGUGACCGACCCGGAGAGGGGCUUCGUCGACGAUGACAAGGUCACAUUUGAGGUCUAUGUCCAGGCGGACGCCCCGCACGGAGUGGCAUGGGAUUCAAAGAAACACACCGGCUAUGUUGGACUAAAGAACCAGGGAGCUACCUGCUAUAUGAACAGCCUGCUACAGACGCUGUUCUUCACCAACCAGCUACGACGGGCGGUGUACAUGAUGCCCACCGAGGGAGAUGACUCGUCCAAGAGCGUUCCUCUGGCCCUGCAGAGGGUUUUCUACGAGCUGCAGCACAGCGACAAGCCCGUCGGCACCAAGAAGCUCACCAAGUCCUUCGGAUGGGAGACACUAGAUAGCUUCAUGCAACAUGAUGUACAGGAGCUAUGCAGAGUGCUCCUGGACAAUGUGGAGAACAAAAUGAAAGGCACUUGUGUUGAAGGAACUAUCCCUAAACUCUUCAGAGGAAAGAUGGUGUCAUAUAUACAGUGUAAGCACGUGGACUACCGGUCCGAGCGGAUAGAGGACUACUACGACAUCCAGCUUAGCAUCAAAGGAAAGAAGAACAUCUUCGAGUCAUUCAAAGAUUAUGUUGCAACUGAACAGUUGGAUGGCGACAACAAAUACGACGCAGGAGAGCACGGCCUGCAGGAAGCUGAGAAGGGAGUGAAGUUCCUCACCUUCCCGCCAAUCCUCCACCUGCAGCUGAUGAGGUUCAUGUACGACCCACAGACCGACCAAAACAUCAAGAUCAAUGACCGGUUUGAGUUCCCGGAUCAGUUGCCCCUAGAUGAGUUCCUACAGAAGACGGACUCCAAGGACCCGGCCAACUACAUCCUGCACGCCGUGCUCGUGCACAGCGGGGACAACCACGGUGGUCACUACGUCGUCUAUCUCAACCCGAAAGGAGACGGCAAAGUGAGCGUCAAGGAACCAAUAUGGUGCAAGUUCGACGAUGACGUGGUGUCGCGGUGCACCAAGGAGGAGGCCAUAGAGCACAACUACGGUGGACACGACGACGACCUCUCUGUGCGCCACUGCACCAACGCGUACAUGUUGGUCUACAUCCGCGAGUCCAAGCUCAGCGAGGUGCUCCUGCCAAUGACUGACGUGGACAUCCCCCAGCAGCUGGUGGAGCGUCUGCAGGAGGAGAAAAGGGUGGAGGCACAGAAGAGGAAGGAGCGUCAAGAGGCUCACCUCUACAUGCAAGUCCAGAUCGUAACAGAGGACCAGUUCUGUGGUCAUCAGGGCAACGACAUGUAUGACGAGGAGAAGGUGAAGUACACAGUCUUCAAGGUCCUGAAGAGCUCCACGCUGCAGGAGUUUGUCCAGACGCUCUCUCAGACCAUGGGUUUCCCACAGGACCAGAUGAGGCUGUGGCCCAUGCAGGCCCGGAGCAACGGAACCAAGCGGCCUGCCAUGCUGGACUACGAGGCUGACUGCAGCAAGUCGAUGAUCGACUUGAGCGACAAUGAGAACCCCUGGACAAUAUUCCUGGAGACGGUGGAUCCAGAGAUGGCGGCCAGUGGGGCCACAUUACCCAAGUUCGACAAAGACCAUGAUGUCAUGUUGUUCUUGAAGAUGUAUGACCCCAAAACCAGAAGCUUAAAUUAUUGUGGACAUAUCUACACACCUAUAUCCUGCAAAAUAAGAGACCUUCUACCAGUCAUGUGUGAGAGAGCAGGGUUUCAGCAGGAAACUAGCCUUAUCCUCUAUGAGGAAGUGAAGCCCAAUCUAACGGAGCGGAUACAGGACUACGACGUCUCCCUGGACAAGGCCCUGGACGAGCUCAUGGACGGUGACAUCAUUGUGUUCCAGAAGGACGACCCAGAGAACGACAGCAGCGAGCUGCCUACAGCCAAGGAGUAUUUCCGGGAUCUCUACCACCGAGUGGACGUCAUCUUCUGUGACAAGACCAUCCACAACGACCCGGGCUUCGUGGUCACUCUGUCCAACCGCAUGAACUACUUUCAGGUGGCCAAGACCGUAGCGCAGAGGUUGAACACGGAUCCGAUGCUGCUGCAGUUCUUCAAGUCACAGGGGUACAGGGACGGUCCAGGGAAUCCUCUCAGACACAACUACGAGGGCACGCUGCGAGACCUGCUGCAGUUCUUCAAACCUCGGCAGCCCAAGAAACUCUACUAUCAGCAGUUAAAGAUGAAGAUAACUGACUUUGAGAACAGGAGGAGCUUUAAGUCCAUAUGGCUCAACAGCCAGUUCAGAGAGGAGGAGAUCACCCUCUACCCUGACAAGCACGGCUGUGUGCGGGACCUUUUGGAAGAAUGUAAAAAGGCAGUCGAGCUCUCUGAAAAAGGCUCCGACAAGCUCAGGCUGUUAGAGAUAGUAAGCUAUAAAAUCAUCGGGGUUCACCAGGAGGAGGAGCUGCUAGAAUGUUUAUCUCCGGCUGCCAGCCGCACCUUCAGAAUAGAGGAGAUUCCUUUGGACCAGGUGGACCUGGACAAGGACAGUGAAAUGCUGAUCCCCGUUGCUCACUUCCACAAGGAAGUCUUCGGCACCUUCGGGAUCCCCUUCUUGCUCAAGAUCAGACAGGGCGAGUCAUUUCGGGAGGUGAUGAGGAGGAUUCAGACCAUGCUGGACAUUCAGGAGAAAGAAUUUGAGAAGUUCAAGUUUGCGAUCGUGAUGAUGGGGCGGCAUCAGUACAUCACAGAGGACGAGUACGAGGUCAACCUGAAGGACUUUGAACCACAGCCAGGUAACAUGUCCCACCCGCGGCCCUGGCUAGGGUUGGAUCAUUUCAACAAGGCUCCAAAGAGAGGUCGCUACACCUACCUGGAGAAAGCAAUCAAGAUCCACAACUAAAAGCAGCCCGCCCGCCCUCUACGUCCUCCUCCUGCUCCGCCUUUCUGUUCCCCACCUUCUCUUAACACACCAUAACCACAGACUGUAACAAACGGUGUGAGACUGCGUGUGUGCGUAUGUGUGUGUGUGUUCAUCACUUCUAACACCUACAGCUGUACACCGGCACUCCGUCCUCAGCGACUCGGAUCUCGCUGCCGCUGACGGAUUAUCCUUCAAACACGAAAUAAACUGCACCAACCACCUGCUCACUGUUGAGUUAGUCGCGUCUUUUUUUUAAUCGUCUCCCUCCGUGUUUGAGGCUGUACGGUUAUUGGGGGUUUUCGGGGGGUUUUCAGGCUUUUUUGUUUUUGUUUUUUUGGCCGACUGAAAGUGAAAUUGGAUUUUAAUAUAAAAUAAGCAGAAGGGAAUAUGGGUGCAGAAUAAAUAGAAGUUUAUACAAAUAAACUUCUAGAUUUACUUUUUGUUUCCUACUCCUUCCACACACCAGCUUUUUCUGAUUUUUGGGGCUUGUUUUUAAAUGGAGUUGUUUGGAGGAGUGUGUGACGUCUGCGAGGACGAACUGACAGAAGGGGGGGGGGCUUUUUUUUUUUUUUUCUUUUGCAGCUGCGAACUUGGUCUGUCCUGAGGCUCACUAGUUUAUCCCGAUGUGGUUCUUUAUAUAUAUUUUUUUGCUCCCAUCCUUUUAGUGCAACGAAGCAAGUAUUUCCGAGUUAACGCGCAGUUUUGUUCCACUUAGUUUGAUUGGAGGAAAAAUGAAUUCAUCUUUUUUUGUCUUUCUGCAGAUCUUGUAUAAUAAAAUAACAAUCCACAGCAUCUGUUUAAAAAUAAAAGGGGGAAAAAUAAG